CCGUGUGAUUAAGGAGAAGGGAAAAGUCUUCGUUUUCCUUUUCCACGAAAUUUCAAUAUCCAUGCGCCUUCCUCUGCAAGAUCCUUCUUUUGCUUUUACGAAAUUCCACAAUCAGAAACUUCCAUUAUUAUAUUAUCACGCGCUUCUCCCGAAUCAAUACGCCAUCUGGGUUUCUUGGGCGCCGAGGAAAAUUAAUCAGAAGAUCAUAUAACGUCGAGAGUUCAAAUAUUUGGUCUUGAAGAAUCUCAAUUCUGAAUUCACCAUGCUUCACAGGAGCUUCAAGCCAGCCAAAUGCAAAACGUCGUUAAAGCUUGCGGUUUCUCGGAUAAAGCUAUUGAAGAACAAGAAAGAUGCACAAGUGAAGCAGAUAAAGAGGGAAUUGGCCCAAUUACUUGAGACUGGUCAGGAACGAACUGCUAGAAUUCGGGUUGAACAUGUCCUCAGGGAAGAGAAGACGAAGGCAGCAUAUGAACUUAUUGAGAUAUAUUGUGAACUUAUUGCAGCGCGCUUGCCUAUGAUCGAGUCGCAAAAAAACUGCCCCAUUGAUCUGAAGGAAGCAAUUACUAGUGUAGUAUUUGCAUCUCCAAGAUGUGCAGACAUACCAGAACUCAUGGAUGUUCGCAAGCAUUUCACUGCUAAAUAUGGAAAGGAGUUUAUCUCUGGAGCUGUUGAAUUGCGGCCAGAUUGUGGCGUAAAUCGCAUGUUAGUGGAGAAAUUAUCUGCCAAAUCACCUGACGGCCCUACGAAGAUGAAAAUCUUGGCUGCAAUUGCAGAGGAACAUAACAUCAAAUGGGAUCCUGAAUCAUUUGAAGAGAAAGAGUCCAAGCCUCCGGAGGACCUGCUGAAUGGACCAAAUACUUUUGGCUCGGCCAGUAAAAUUCAUGUGGAACCUCCGCGUGGCCCACCUCCACCUAAUCAUGAUGUCAAGGAACCUUCUAAUGUUCAGGUUCCGCCUCAAAGUUAUGAGAAUCAUGAUGUAUCUAUGAACUUUAAUCAGCAGAGUGCAAGAUCUUCACCUCGCUUCCGGGAUUCUGCUUCUUCAAAUGUUUCUUCCAACAAAGUAACCACAUCUGACACAUUUCAUCCAGAAGUGAGAUCUUCAGGAAAUAGAACUGAUGGGACGGAAAAUAGGCAUUCAUUUCAUGGGGACGGAAAUGCUUCUUCAACGGGUAGGCAGAAGUGGAACAUGAACUUUACGGAUGCUGCCACUGCAGCGCAGGCAGCUGCUGAAUCAGCAGAAAUGGCAAGCAUGGCUGCCAGAGCAGCCGCAGAACUUUCAAGGCAACAUUCUUCAGAAUCACGGGAUAAAUUUAGCCAGUCAGAUUCUUUAACAUCUAGUAGAACUUCCAUUAACACUGAUCCUUCACUGAAUAGUCACCAAAUGGCAGAUCGAUAUCCUCAAAGGAAGUCAUCUGAACCUGAGAAACGUGACUCUAUAGGUGAAGUGAGUACAAAGAGACAGUCCAGCAACACUGGUGUGUAUGCUAGUGAGAUGCAAACUGGAAGGGAAUCUGAUAAUGUUUCUUAUUUUGGCGAUAUGGGAUUGGAAGAGAAAUCUAGCAGGCAUUCCUCCCAAUCUAAUUCUAUAGGUGAAGUGAGUACCAAGAUACAGUCCAGCAACAUUGAUGUGUAUGCUAGUGAGAUGCAAACUGGAAGGGAAUCUGAUAAUGUUUCUUAUUUUGGCGAUAUGAGAUCAGAAGAGAAAUCUAGCUGGCGUUCCUCCCAAUCUAAUUCUAUAGGUGAAGUGAGUACAAAGAGACAGUCCAGCAACAUUGAUGUGUAUUUGAGUGAGAUGCAAAAGGCAAAGAAACCUGAUAAUAUUUCUUAUUUUGGCGAUAUGAGAUCUGAAGAGAAAUCUAGUAGGCCUGCCUCCCAAUCUAAUUCAAGUUUUGGUAGUGAUGAUCAGGAGGAUGUUUUGAGAGGGAAUGAUCACAAUUCUUAUUCGGGAGAUAUGAGGACUGGAGAACAAUCUGCCAGGUCUCAUUCAAGAAAUUCAAGUAAUGAUCACGUAAAUGUUUCCGCUGGCCUGGGUGAGGAUUCUUUUGUUGGUGAUGCUAACAUCUAUCAGAGCACAAAGCAUAUGAAUUCUUAUGGAAAUGCUGCUUUGGUUUUUGAUGACUCUGGUUCAGAUGAUGAUAAAUAUAAAUUUGAUGUGGAGGACUUCAAGGGCCAAGAAUCUAGUUUUUAUUUUCCUUCUCCCGAUAGAAACUCAUUUUCUUCUUCAGCUCAUUUAAAUGAUGGGAGCUCCAAACGUCAGACUGAUGAAAUACAAUUUAAGUCCACUUCACAAUUAAGUUCUUCAUCGAUGCAGCACUCCCCUCCUGUUUUUUCAGAAAACUUGACAGGUUCGGUGGCUUCUUCAGAACCAAAUGACUUGUUGCCUGUUGCUUUUGAUGCUUCAGAUGGGCCAAGUUCAGACAGUGAAGAGGAGUUAGACAAGUCUAAGCUUUCCCAGAGCACAGUUUCUAAAUUUUCUUCUGGACAGAGCCAUAGUGCAAGACAUAGGUCAUUUGGAUCUUCAUCUUCGGAGGAGUUAAAUUUGGGUUCUAAUCAAAAGUCAUGGUUACUGCCUUCAUCUCUUAAUUUGAACUCCGUUGAUGUACAGCCUGAGAGAAGCCAAGGAGUUGAAAAUAGCACUGCCUCGGAAGAAAAGUUUGAUUAUGAUGAAUUGCCUACUGGUGAGCCAUCUCGAGGGCUAAUGAAAUCUGGAUUAGACUCAAAUGUUAAGGACGAUUUUCAAACACUACAGUUGCCUCAAACUGUGAAAGAUAGUGAGGUUUCAGAGGGGUGUAGUUGUGUAAGCGACACUGACAAUGAGUUGAACUAUGGGACUUUGACAGGUGGCCUGCGGAAUAAGGGGUAUAAGCAUCCACCAUUUACCAGGAAACCAUCAGGAAACUCUUUGUUUGUCAAACAAGUCACUGAGGAUACUAAGAUUGAGCAACCUUCCCAUUCUCCGAAAGUCGGGACUUCCAUCAUUUCUGGUACUUCUAGUCAAGAGCCAAAUAAUCUGCAAGGGAGCACAAAACUGAUUAAGGAACAGAGCAGAAGAAACCGAGUCUCAUAUAUUGCUCCCGAUGAUGAUUCUUCAGAGGAUGAACUGUCACAUGGAAUUGUUAGCAGUAGUAAAGACCCAUUCAAUAAAAAAUUGGGAUCUGAAGUAAAGGCAAGCUCAAAAUCCACAUUUGGUUUCUUUGAUUCAGAGGAUAGCGAAGGUGAGGAAGAUCUUCAUACAAAGAUUUCCACAAGCAAUGCUCGUCCAAGUGCUAAACUAUCUAGAAGGACACAGCCCUCUUCUUCAAAUUCUGUUAGAAGUUCUAGCUCAAAGACAGCAGUUGUUUCUGACAUGUCAAGGACUUCAGAAUAUGGAAAAGUCUCUUCAAGGAGGUCCUAUGCCACUGAAACUCUACCAAAGUCCUCAUCCCAUACCAAGAGCUCAGGGAGUCGGGAGUGGAAUAGACCUGCAGAACAAGCAGCUCCUGAACCAAUACCAGAAUCCCAGAGGUAUUCGCCUGUAGAGACUUCAAAGUCAUACGGAAACUCCUCUUCAAGGAGUUCCUAUGCCACUGAAACUGUACCAAAGCCCUUGUCCCAGACCAAGAGCUCAGAACGCCCAGGUAGUCAGGAGUGGCAUAGACCAGCAGAAGACGCAGCUCCGAAACCAAUUCCAGAAUCCAAGAGGUCCUCACCCGUAGGGACUUCAAAUUCAUAUGGAAACCCCUCUUCACAAAGUUCCUAUGCCACAGAAACUGUACGAAAGCCCUUGUCCCAGACCAAGAGCUCAGAACGCCCAGGAAGUCAGGAGUGGCAUAGACCAGCAGAGGAAGCAGCUCCUAAACUAAUUCCAGAUUCCAAGAGGUCCUCUCCUGUAGAGACUUCAAAGUCAUAUGGAAACACCUCUUCAAGGAGUUCCUAUGCCACUGAAACUCUACCAAAGCCAUCAUCCCAAACCAAGAGCUCAGAACGCCCAGGAAGUCAGGAGUGGCAUAGACCAGCAGAAGAAGCAGCUUCUAAACCAAUUGUAGAAUCCAAGAGGUCCUCACCCAUGGAGACUUCAAAGUCAUACGGAAACCCCUCCUAUGCCACUGAAACUCUACAAAUGCCCUUGUCCCAGACGAAGAGUUCAAUGCGCCCAGGAAGUCAGGAGCGACAUAGACCAGUAGAACAAGCAGCUUCUAAACCAAUACCGGAAUCCAAGAGGUCCUCUGCGCAUGUAGAGACUUCAAAGUCAUUUCCAAGGGAGCAAUCAUCCAGUCUUUCUCCAAAGAUUGCAACAGCACGGAGCACUGAAACUCCAAAAUCUUCAGGUUCUACAUUGGAGAGUGCACCAAAGGAGAGAGCUUCUCAUGUCCACCCAAAGCUUCCCGACUCCGAUGCAAUAAUUGCCAAGUUUAUGGCCCUCCGGCAGAGUCGACAAUAGAUAUAGUUAUAUGCACAUAGUAAUAUAGGAUACAUUUUUAUGUGAUUAUCACAAAAGGUUUGCUAUUCUUUGACAUACUUGAAUUUUUUAUGAUUGUCAAGUAAGGGUUGAUGGUUAUAUGUAAAUUUCGUGUCAAAAUUGAGUCGUUUAUUUUUUAUUUUUUCAUUUUUAGACCAUUAUAUUGCAAAUAUGAUGAGGUUACCAUUUGUAAGAGUUAUGUAAUAAAACAUUUUUCCGUUUCUCUUUGUUCUAAAUUUUAUGA